CCUUUUAUUUACGUGAGUCCUUUUAACGCAGUGCAACGUCUUUGCGGUCCAUCUCAAUCUAUCGUUAACUCCGUGAAAGUUCCAUGAAUUCAUUAGUUCUGUUGUUUUCUACCGUUUUAUUUAAUACAUCCAUGUUUGCUACCUGUAAAAUAGCCAUAGCUAUAGUCACGGGAUCCCCUGUGAUGCGUUUUAUACAGUGACAAUCAAUGUUAACAUUUAAACGAUCAAAAGGGAAAUUACUUGGAUCAGAAUAAGGAUGGCCAAACAUGCUGUGUUGUCAUCAGGAGCAAAACUCUGGAGAUCUCUGGCUUGUCCAAAGUCAGAGCUCUGCCUGGAUCUCACUCUUGCUUGUGGACAAUCAUUCCGCUGGAGAGAAACUGCAGAGGGACACUGGACUGGAGUGAUGGGAGGAAGAGUGUGGACUCUGACUCAGAUAGAUGAUACUCUUUGGUACCACGUCUACACAACACAAGGCACACAGAAGGAUGGAAGUGACAAGGAGAAGAGGGCCGGUGUUUCUUUUCACCAAGAAAAGAGAGCUACGAAGAGAUCUAAAGAUGCUCCCCGGAAGGUGGAAGAUAAGCCCCAGGGUGCUGAUGCUGAACAGAGGAGUGAGGUGGAGGCAGAGAUGCUCAGAGACUACUUCCAGCUGCAUGUGAACCUGGGGUGUCUGUAUCAGGAAUGGGGAGCAGCAGACAGCCACUUCAAGCAGAUUGCAGAUAUCUUUUCUGGUGUGCGAAUGCUGCGCCAGGAUCCCACUGAAUGCCUGUUUUCCUUUAUUUGCACUUCCAACAACCACAUCUCUCGUAUUCAGGGCAUGGUGGAGAGAUUGUGUCAGACUCUGGGUGCCCCGCUCUGCCACCUGGAUCAAACCACGUACCACGACUUUCCUACCUUGUCUUCACUUGCAGACAACGGCGUAGAGGCAUGUCUCAGGGAUCUGGGCUUUGGUUACAGAGCCAGGUUCCUCCAGCAGAGUGCAAAGCAGAUUCUGGAUGCCCACGGGCCCCAGUGGCUUGAAGGUUUACGCAGAGUUCCUUACAUGGAGGCUCGUGAUGCGCUCCGCACUCUCCCUGGUGUUGGCACAAAGGUGGCGGACUGUGUAUGUUUGAUGUCUCUGGAUAAGACGGAGGCCGUACCCGUGGACACACAUGUGUGGCAGAUCGCUAAGCGAGACUACGAGUAUGCUGCUGGUAGUGGACAAAAGACCCUGACGGAUAAACUUCACAGAGAUAUUGGAGAUUAUUUUAGAAAGCUGUGGGGAUCCCAUGCAGGCUGGGCACAUUCGGUGUUGUUCUGCGCCGACCUGAAAAAGUUCCAGAGCAUCAAAGAAACGGCUCGUCUGAAGCAGCCCAAGAAAGAGGCAGAGGAUGAGAAAAUGACAGUAAAGAGGGAGCUUGAUGGAGAUGGGACAAACAUAAAAACCAAGUCAGCACGUCAGAAGAAGGCAAGGAUAUCUGUCAAGAAAGAAAAGUUGCUAUGAGAUAAGUAAGCUUCUUAUCUCAAGUAAUGUCCAAUUACUAUGGAAGCGUAGAGAUGCCACCAUCUUAAGAAGAAAGUUAGAGCCAUCACGUUAUAAUGUAAAAUGCUAAUGUUCUAACAAUAUAUUUUUUACAUUUGUACAAUAUCUUCAGUUAUUACAACAUAUAUUUCAUGUUUGAAUAAAAUAUCACUGUUAUUACAAUUUACAUAUUUAUCAUGUUACGACAAAGAAAUUACAUUCUUACAAUAUAAUAUUUAUAUUGUAAUAAGGUGAUCAUAUAUUGUACAACGUGAAAAGGUUUUCGUUAUGACUUGAUCAACAUGUAUAUUGUAAUAACCUAAUAUCAUAUAGUUGAAACAUGAAAAACAAUAUCGUAAUUACGUGAUAACAUAUUGUGAUAAUGACUCUACUUUUCUUUCACUUAGGUGGCAGCUUUACGCAUCCGUAGGUCACAGGCGCCUCUGAUUCAGCUUCUUUAAUAAAAAAAAACCAUUAAGUGUAAAAAUUUAAAUGAUUUAUUAUUCACAAACUUGAUGUAGAACAGGUCGUUUUGCAACAUCUCAGGUUUUCCUGUCCAAGUCUUUACUGUAACAUUUUUUUUGCUCUGAUUUCAUAUGAAGUCACUACUGCAGACUGUUUUUAUAAUGAAAAUAAAUAUAUUUUAUAUGUUUUCUUCUUGAUUUAAAUAUGUGUUCAUUAUUUAGAAUAUCAAAAGAACAGUUAGUGCUCGAGCC